UUUAACCUGUCUUUUUUGAUAUCGAAAAUAGUAAAAGUGAUUUUAUAUACAAUCCUUUGCUAUAAUAAAUAAAUUAAGUAAAGCGACGUAAAGUUAUUGUCCUCAAUCAGCAUAUCUAUAGACUUUUUUGAGGUAAAAUGGAUAAGCCCCUCGAUCGAGACGACAUAACAGCGAUGGAGAGUCAGCUGAAGCAGAGCGUGGAAGAGGACCGCAAGUACUGGCGUGUUAACACCGUGAAGUGCGAUGCGAUCCACACUGCUAAAACUUAUGAGGAAUUUGCGGACCGUGUAGCUGCUGCUCAUUUACGCCCUUUGGAAAAAGCAGAUUUUUCCAAGAAAGUGUCAAGGGGUUGGAACAAGUAUGCAACUCCAGAUCUUCACGAGUGAAAUAGUUUAAUUUAAAUAGAUAUAACUAUAUAUUUCAUUAAACUAAAAUAAAACUGCUUGAAAAUGA